UAUCAGCUAUCACAGCCUCUGAGUCACACUCCGUCGUAGAGCUCUUGCACAUAAGAAGUUUAAAAGUUCACAAAUUUUCCCUUUUUUUUUAAAUAUAACAAGAGAAUCGCAGACUAUUCUGAGAAUCCACAGCAGCGGAAGAAGAAAAAGCUCUCUCCAUGGAUUUCUCUCUUAUCAGGGGAGCCCUCGAAUCCAAAUCGUAUGGGAAGAUCGCAGAUAUCUGCGACGAGCUUAUGCUUCAGGUUGCAGCACAGGGCAUUGCGUUUCAGGACGAAUGGCCUUAUGCGAUUCAUAUAUUGGGGCACCUUUACGUAAACGACGUUAACAGUGCUCGAUUUCUAUGGAAAACAAUACCUUCAGCCAUUAAAGAGAGCAAGCCAGAGGUGGUUGCAGCUUGGACGAUAGGUCAGCGGCUUUGGACGCGGGACUAUUCUGGGGUGUACGAAGCUAUUCGUGGGUUUGAGUGGAGUCCCGAAGCGCUAGGUCUUGUUAGUGCAUUCUCAGAUCUCUAUACCAAGAGGAUGUUUGAGCUACUGCUGUCUGCGUAUUCAACAAUAACUGUUGGAGAUACAGCACUCUUUCUGGGAAUGAACGAGGAAGAUGCCACUAAUUAUGCACUUCAACAUGGAUGGAAUGUCGACCCCAGUUCUCGAAUGCUGACUGUGAAGAGACAGCUGAUUGUGACGGAACAAAAAUUAGAUCAUAGUAAAUUGCAGCGUUUAACGGAAUAUGUAUUCCAUCUUGAGCAUUGAUCAGAUUAAUUUUGUCAGUUGAUUGGCCACCAGGUUAUUCCAUUUUCCUUUUACUUAAUUUUAAUUAUGGGUUAGAUAGAAAACAUACAUAUAUGUUAUGUUUGUAGAGUUUGGAUUUGAGCCAGAAAGUUGACACUGCCUAUACGAAAAGCUUUAUUUUCAUUAUCUGACACAUUAUGAUUCAAUGGUGUUCUUGUUAGCUGUUGUGAAUGAAACUGUUGUUAGGGAUCA